GAACCCAGCAAAUAAAAUGUGGAAUUUAGAAUGUCAUAAUUGGCGUGUGGAUGCAACGCCACUUAUAUUCUUCUCUCUCUUAAUUUCUUCUUCAUUCCCACCUAACCCAAUUCUAAUUACUAACUCUUCCCUUCUUUGAUUCACAAAAUAAUAGUUUAUCCAUAUUCUUUCGCUUUAAUUCUCACAUUCUUCUACCCUAUACAGUAGGAGAUUUUGUUUCUUCCCCUUUUCAUUUGAUUUUAGUUGAAUUAUUGUGUUGGAAUCAUGGACUUUUGCUUCAGAGAACCAAGUACUACGGAGUUGCUCCCUUCAGACCAGGAGAUCGUUCGAUGUCCUUUCUUGAGGAACAUCAACGCACCAACAAAUCUUUCUUUUUCAUCUUCCCUGGCGUUUCGUCUUCCCGUGCGAGGAGCUGCAACCAAAGGUCCAAUUUUUGAAGAUGGUCCCAAUUUUGACAUGGCAUUCAAACUAUUCCAUGGCCGCGAUGGGGUCGUCCCACUUUCUAGGAGAUCAAAUGUGCCAUCUGAGAAUUUCGAGAUUGAUCAACCUGCCCCUCAGUUCAAUCCUUUAGCUGCAAAAGCAGCCACCAUCAGUCUUUCAGGCUUUGGAGCUGGAUGGCCCUUCAAUUUUGAUGCAUUUUCUCAAAAGUGGAAAAACCAAAAGAAAAAAUCUCAUUCGUCGAAGGGAGGAGAUGUUAAACACGAGGCAUUGGGUAAUGAGUGGCUGCAAACCGGAAACUGUCCAAUAGCCAAAUCUUAUAGGGCUGUAAGCUGUGUUAUGCCAUUGGUAGCGAAGGCCUUUCAGCCCCCGCCUGGUGUAAAACUCCAGUGCCCUCCUGCAAUCGUUGCAGCUCGAGCAGCCCUUGCUCGUACUGCCCUUGCAAAGAACCUUCGGCCCCAACCACUCCCCACAAAAAUUCUCGCAAUCGGAGUCCUGGGAAUGGCUGCAAAUGUCCCGUUGGGUAUAUGGAGAGAACAUACCAAGAAAUUUUCCCCUGCUUGGUUUGCUGCCGUUCAUGCAGCCGUCCCAUUCUUAGGUAUGCUGAGGAAAUGUGUCUUGAUGCCUAAGACGGCUAUGGCGUUUACUAUAGGAGCAUCAAUAUUAGGUCAGGUUAUCGGAUCGAGAGCUGAGCGAUACCGUUUGAAGGCCAAGGCUGCUACAGAAUCUGUCGUACCCAAAAUCCCUGUUGGUGAAACGAACACGCUGGAGGUCGUCACUGUCAACAGCAGCGGGACCACGUGCGGUGGGCAAUGCAGUGAUACGGUGAAGUGGGACGCGUUUUCCCUUAACGUCAGUGAAGCCUCACCGUCACCCGGUGUAUGCUGCUAAGAUUAUUUCUGGUUAACCCGUAUCAUAUUUGCAUUGUUUAUAGCAUCCAUCGAUUUGCCUUGAAAUCUUUCUGUAUUACUUGCUAUAUGUGUUCUCCUAGCCAAUACUCCAAUUUCCGGUUUGCAGUGUAUCAUUCGGAAAGGGAACCUCUAAUAAUAAAAUUGUUUCACCAAAUU